UUGGAGGCUCAGUGAGCAAAAUAUUUUGUCCAUAGAGACAAGGAACAUUGAUGUCGGCGUCUUCAAAUCAAAGUCAAUGACUCUGGUGUUUAAACUCGAGCCAGGUGAAUUUUUUCCCAACAAUUUCGGCUGCUGCACAUGUAGGUGAACACUUCAGCUUUGAUCCACCGGUCAAUGCAAGGACGCACUCCUUGGUCAUCUUUAAGCAAUCAUCAGGUCAGUCUCAGCUGACCCACAUGGAGGACAGAACAGACAGUCCCAUAGCCGUGAAGGUGGAGGAGCAUUCUCGGUGUGUCAUCCUGACCUACUUCCAGGGUGACAUCAACAGCAUGGUGGACGCUCACUUCAGCCGUGCCCUCAGCAAAGGCUGCAAGGCCAAGGCACCGGCAGCAAAGGCAAAGAAAAUACGUAAAAGUAUUAAACUGGAGGAAACCAGCACCUGUCAGGGGCCGGCUGUUGACUGUUACUCAGAGUCACAGCUCCCUCCUGUAGCAGGACGUCUCAUGAAUUUCAGCCCUGCAGAAGACCCCGCUGGCUCGUGGCACUCGUUCACAACCAGGACAGGAGAGGGCCCGGGGUUGCCGUCCCUCACCUACUCCCUGUCCCCAGAUGGAUUGAGUCUUACUGGACAGCAAUACGCCUCAUCUCUGCUCAACCUCCUGCAUAGUGACCGGGGUGAGAUGGGACCCAGCGUGGCCUCCAGCUCCAAGCCAGAACUGCAUCCCAGCUGGACGAUGCCUCAGGGAUUGAGAGACUCCAUGGACCCCACCUUAGGAUUUGAACCUGGACGGCGUCUGGACAAGAAGGACUUGUACUGGUACUGAAAAGAGAGACAGAGGGAGAGUGGCUGGAGCAGCAGAGGCAGGAACAGCUUCAACACCACCACACACAUACUUGUGACUCUGUAAAGCCGCUUGGCUUUCUGCUCAGCCGUCAGGUGUUUUCUCGUCAAACAGGUGUCACUGAGCGUCCUCCAAGAAUACGCACAGGAGGAGCACUGCAGCGCUUCCAUUUCCACUCCACAGUGAAAUGAGCUCAGCCCAUCAGCACGCACCGACUGGAACAACCUUUCUGAAAGGGAACACUCUCUGACAAACCUGUUCUUCAACUCUGUCACUCCUCUUGAUGAAAAGAAGAUCUCAAAGAACUGUACAUGUUGUUGCUCCCGGUGAUUGAAGGGCAUUUUUCUUGUGCUGUCAUCAGGCACUUCUCUUCUAGUGGGCCUACUAGUGUUGUUAAAUACUGGAAUUCCUAACUUCGAUGCAAUACCUUGGACAUGAUAGAUAUUCCAUACCAGUGGGAAAAAUUGACAUUGAGGGCAUAAAGAUUAGAGAUUUUUACUAAAAGAUAAAUAGGACAUGGACUUUAAAAUGACAACAAAUUCUCUUUCUUGGUUAGCAGCAGAGAGCAGCAGAGUGACUGUGGUAAACAUCAACAAUAAAUUCCCAUUAACAAUAUGGUAGUUCACAUGUUCAAAAGCAUUUAAAGUCACACAUUUAAAGUGCUUAAGUGCAAGGGAAAAAAACAUUUCCUUAUUCCAGUAGGUUUUUACCUAUUGUGCAUUUGUUGUUUUAAGGUCACACUGGUUUUGGCAGUGUAACAGUAUGUGUCCCAUGGCAGUGAGGCCCCCUUUGAAUUAAACUGAAUAAAAUCUAGAAGAGAGUGCAAGUGGAGGCAGGCUUACAGGGGCCACUGCAGUGGUAAUUGUGUAAACUCACUGUUGGAAAGAAGACAGUGUGAGAAAAGAGUAUUGAUAGCGUCAACACUGCGAAAAAUGAGUAUUGAAAUCAAUAUGUAUCAAUAUAUCUAUAUUUUUGACAACUCUAGCCUACACCAGUAAGAAGACCAGUAUUACAGUAAGUUAAAAGUCUAGUUUGUAGGAUUUAGUGGCAUCUAGCAGUGAGGAUUGCAAACUGCAACCAGCUGAACUCUUGGUUAAUUUCC